AAGUUUCAGACCAUCGAAAUUUAGUUAUAGUGAUCGUGGAAUGUUGAUCUUAUCCGCGCGUCGCUGACAUUACACUUGAGAUUCUGCGCGACGUGGUCUCUUUCACUCGUGCACUUGAAUGCGUUGAGCGUCCGCUGUGGGCGUCGGGGCGAAUCCGACGAAAACUGCAGACAUUGGGCGAAACGCGAGCAAACACGCGAAGUCUGCGUCCGGCGAAGACGCUGAGAGCAAGUUCCGUAAACGGAAGGAAAAGUCACGCCAUGAUCCAGCGCCUGUCGUAUUGAAGCGAAAGGAGAUGAACCCGGCUCCAGAUCACGUUGCAAUGGACUCACCAGAUCACGAUGAACCGGAAUUGCAAGAAAUGGAAGUGAACCCGAAUCCACCACCGGUUGUCCCAAUGAACCGAACUUGGCAAAGGGCGUCAGCAGGCGGCCUACAACCCCUGAUGGGUGCUGGGCUCAUUAAUAGAGUCGUAGGAGGAGACGACGAAGAGGACGAAGAUGAUGAUGAUGAUGAAGAGGAGGAAGAAGACGACGAUGAGGAACCUGAUGAUGACCUAGAGCUCGUCAUUCCUCCUAAUAAUCAGUAUAAUGAAUACCGUCGAUCUCGGAGUAGAAAGCAUCCCUCUCCUAACAAUAAUGAGGUUAAUCCGCUUGCGGAUUACAGAAGUCGAUCGUCAGCUCCUCAAGAACCCAAAAUAAGCUCUUCCACCAAAGAAAACGGCGAAGUGGCGAUGGAAGAAGAAGAUGACGAUGCACGCUCUGAGGGAACGUUCUCGUACACCGUGGAUAAUAUUAGCAAGCUCAAAGAAACUGCCCUGUCUCCACCAUAUUUUGUUCGUAACCUUCCGUGGAAGAUUAUGGUCAUGCAGCGAAGUCAACCGACAUUGGUGAAAUCUUUAGGGUUCUUUCUGCAAUGCAAUGGAGACUCAGACUCGUCAUCCUGGAGUUGCAAUGCUGUGGCGGAUUUGCGAAUGUUGAAACGCAAUGGGGAAGAGCCGUUUUCACGGAAAAUAAACCACCUGUUCUACAGCAAGGAGAAUGACUGGGGUUUCAGUCAUUUUGUGACCUGGGCGGACAUUUUAGAUCCCGAAAAAGGCUUUAUAAAGGACGAUUCAAUUACGCUUGAAGUUCAUGUGACAGCGGACGCGCCUCAUGGAGUCAGUUGGGAUAGUAAAAAGCACACUGGAUACGUCGGUUUGAAAAAUCAGGGUGCAACGUGUUACAUGAACUCCUUGUUGCAAGUUCUGUAUUUCACGAAUCGACUGCGGAAGGCUGUAUACAAGAUGCCGACCGAAAGUGAUGAUUCUGCUCGCAGUGUGCCUCUUGCCCUCCAGCGAGUGUUCUAUGAACUGCAAUUUACCGAUAAACCUGUUGGGACCAAAAAGUUGACCAAGUCAUUUGGCUGGGAAACACUGGAUUCCUUCAUGCAGCAUGACGUCCAAGAAUUCUUGCGCGUGCUGCUGGACAACCUGGAGAGUAAAAUGAAGCGGACUUCAGUCGAAGGAACUAUUCCGAAGUUGUUCGAAGGAAAAAUGAUCUCAUAUAUCAAGUGCUUGCAUGUGAAUUAUUCUUCCUCGCGGACGGAGCCCUUCUACGACAUACAACUCAACGUGAAAGGGAAGAAGAACAUCUACGAAUCGUUCAAAGAUUACAUAGAAGUUGAGACGUUGGAGGGCGAGAACAGAUAUGAUGCUGGACAGCUUGGUAUGCAAGAUGCAGUAAAAGGCGUGCAGUUCACUCAGUUUCCGCCUGUACUGUAUUUGCAUUUGAUGCGGUUCCAGUACGACCCAUUGUCGGACACGAACGUCAAGAUCAACGAUCGUUUCGAAUUUCCCUACCAGCUGGAUCUCGGCGAGUUUUUGAAGAGCCCUGAAGAGACGCCUGCAACGUAUACCUUGCACGCUGUUCUGGUGCACUCCGGCGACAAUCAUGGCGGCCAUUAUGUGGUGUUCAUCAACCCGCGUGGUGACGGGAAAUGGUGCAAGUUUGACGAUGAUGUCGUAUCGAAAUGCUCAAAGAUUGAGGCAAUAGACCACAACUUUGGCGGCAAUGACGACGAAAUGAGCAUCGGAGUGAAACACUGCACCAACGCGUACAUGUUGGUGUACAUUCGGGAUUCAACGCUGGCGUGGGUCCUCGCCGAUGUGACGGAGGGUGACAUCCCCGGUGAGCUGUCUUUGCGUAUCAACGAGGAGAAGCGACUGGAGACGGCCAGGAGAAAGGAGCGCAAUGAAACACACCAGUUCAUGAGCGUGAAUGUCGUGACCGAGGACGACUUCGUGGGUCACCAAUUGACGGACCUGUUUGACCCGGAACGAUCGAGCUGGAAGACAUUCCGGAUCCGGAAAUUGGCCUUGGUUUCGGAACUGGAGGAAGCACUGUCGAGAGCUUACGUGAUCCCUGCGGAUCGGCUGCGACUUUGGCCCAUCGUCCAACGGAAGAAUUCCACGCAGCGGAUAGGAUCGAGAUGUCGUCUGGAGCCCAUGCUCGGUGGCGAGAACACGUGCGUGAUGGAGAUAGCCGAAAACAAUAAUCCUUGGAAUGUGUUCUUGGAAGUGCUGCCGGCCACUGACCCGUCGCUCACCGUUCCGUGUCUCACCGCCCGCACGACGCUCAUCUUCCUCAAGCUUUACGAGCCCCGAGAUCGAAGAGUCUACUAUGUGGGCCACCACUUCAUGUCGGAGAACGACACGUGGCUCGACCUGUUCCCGAUGUUGAACGAGCGUGCCGGUUACUCGAGGGACACUAAGUUGUUGCUGUUUGAGGAGGUGAAGCCGAGUUGCGUGUCGCCGAUUGAAGAGGCUUGCCUGGUGUCCAACAAGAACAACCAGGACGAGCUGACGGACGGUGAUAUCAUUGUCUAUCAGAAGGCGGAUAAGGAGUAUCUCAAUAGGUUCGAUAUGCCAACGGCGAACGAAUACUACAAUUGGAUUGACCUUCUGAUUUUAUUGUCAUUGAAAUGGUUGCUGGCAUCAAUUGAUGAAGAUGUUUCUGAAAGA